UGCAAAAUCGAGACAAUUUUCAAUCUUUCACACUCUAACAACAAAGACAGGCAAGCUCUUUUUGUUGGGUACUUUGCCUACCACUUUACAACAAUUUUGAAAUCAGGAAAUUGUUAGGAAUGUUCAUAAACAAAGACACCCACACCUCCUCCAAUUGUCAGAGAAGAAGAAGACCCAAAAUCAAACAACUCGCAACCCAAAAUCAAAGUAAGAAAGAGGGCAAAAGGGUUUGACCCCUUUUCAUCUCACCAAAAAAAAGCCCUUUUGCGGCAGUGAAUUUUGCUCUGAUUCUUUAGGGUUUGCAACUUUGGAGAUGCAAAUAGAGAAAUUAGAUUCGAUAAAAUCGGCUGCAGCAGAUACAAGAGGGAAGCAUAGAGUUUUGGCUGAAUUGAAGAGGCUUGAACAAGAAACUCAUCAUUUAGAGGAGGAGUUGGACCAGCUUGAGAAAAUGGAAGCAGUCUCAGCUGUAUGCAAAGAAAUCCUGAGUAACGUUGAAACAAGACCGGAUCCACUACUUCCCACGACACACGGGCCAACAAAUCCAUCAUGGGAUCAAUGGUUCGAGGGACCUCAAGAUGAGGCAGGGGCGGGCCCGGAGGAAGAUCGGGUAUCUUCUAGACUUCUAGUAUGAUGCAGGAUGGAGUAUUAGCAAAGCCUUCAAGUGAGAGAUUGUUGGGUUUAUAAAAGGCUUAGAGAUCUUGGGCUCGGAUUCAACCCAUGUUAAGUUUCUUGGGGCCCAAGCUGAAAACCAUAAUUUUUUUUCUAUGUAUACCAAGUCAUUGUAAUUGUGCGCUUUUGAGCUUAGUGAAAUAGUCUAGUUGCAGCCUGUGGACGUAGGUACCCUACUGAGACCAAACCACGUAAUAUUCUUAUGUCAUGAUUUAUUAUUUUCUAUUUGCGUGAUAUUCGUUUGUA